AUACGACAGAUUCUAGAGCACUGCCUUAGCAAUAUGCUUGUCUUGCAUGUUGUUCUAUCGCUUGGCCAUACUGUUCACCUCGCAUUUUUGUUGCGUCAAUCAAGAAUCUGAAAUGUGUUUGCUAACUUUUCUGCGGGUGUGUGGUAAUGUGAACUAUAUUUAAAUGUUUACCCAUGUGCAUCGAUAAUAAAUAGCCACCAUGAAUCCACUGCUAAUGCUGUUCCUUCGCAUGGGACUGAAGGAAAAGCGGCGGCACUUGGUACGAAACUGUGUCAAUAGUCUUUUGCCAAUUUUGUGCACAGUGUUAAUCGUAGCUGUACCGACCGGCAAAAGAUCCUCCGUUGGAACCAAAAGCUCGGGAAAUGACCUUAUUCUUCAGGAUGAUUUGGCCGACUACUUUCCCGGUGAGCUGAUCAACAAAAUCUACUACACCCCGCGAACGGAGCAGACCGAAACUCUCAUGGAAGCCGUCCGCCAACGGCUGUUCAUUGCGGAUGAACGAGUUGUGCCUUGCGAUAGUGAUACCGAGAUGGAGUUUACACUGCUCGGCGACCCGUACCUUGGUUUUGGCGUGAGCUUUCAGAACCUUUCCCAGCACGGCGGUGGUCCACUGCAGUACGUCAUACGAACGAAAAACAACAACUUUCGCACGCAAAUGGUUUACUCGCGAGAUGUGCUGUCCGCUUAUCAGAAGCGCGAUAACGAGUACGUCGAGAGCGGGUUUCUAGCGCUUCAGAAUGCGGUCGAACAAUCAUACGUGGACAUGGCGUACCGGCAAAAGCACGCAAGUCAACAAGACGAACACGCGCCACGACUCGCGCUGGCAUUCGGGCAUGUUCCCGUGGACGAUAGCAGAGGGCCACAGGAACCGACCAAGAUCUUGGACGCUACCAUAGCUAUGAUGGUGACGAUGGUAGCCUCCAGCACGUACAUUCUGCUGCUCGUGAUCGUUGAAGAUCGGGCGAAUGGAAUGAAUGAGUUUUUAAAAAUAGCCACCUUACAAAGCUACUGGAAGGAGGUGGCCCUGUUUCUGAUCAACUUUGUCCAGCUAAGUGCGGUGCUGUACGUGUGCUACGCCAUAGCGUUUGCCCAUGGAACGUGGGAUGCGAACGCGGCACAGGUGGUCUAUCUGUACCUGUUGGGUACGUUUUUUGUGGCUAAUUUGGUUACUUUUAACUUCUUUCUUAGCACUACGCUCGAAACAUCCGCCAUUGCGACGGCCGUGGUACCGGUGGUCGUUUUUGGACCGCUGAUAAUGGCCCACUUUAGCUCGGGGUUGAUGUGGCUGUGCAUUAUUUUUCCCGCCAACGGCCUGUACUAUGGAGGAACGAUAUUUCACUCGUUCAAAUCGUCCGGUCACCUGUUCGGCGCCGGUGAUAUAGCAGCGACCGACUAUCCCGGGGUGCCCCCGGUUAGCCUGUUGUGGGUAUACUGCUUUCAGCUGAUCGGUACGUUGGUUUGGUCCGUGCUGUGGUAUUACGUUUCAAACGUUUUCCCCGGCCGGUACGGUACACCCAAGCCGAAGGGGUUCUUCCUGCCGGCACAGUGCGGAUGGUCACUCAAACUCGGGCACGGGUCUAGCAGUAGAAACCAAAUCACAGCGGAAAGUCUGAACAAUUCCGCACAAAACUCGAACAUUGUCGAUUUAGAGCUCGAGGAUCAGGGACCAGAGCCGAACAAAGCGCCCGGUGCUGACACGCAGCAGGUCGUGCGCAUCGCCAACCUGACCAAAGUGUUUCACAGCCGCAAGAGUGGGGCAAAGGUGGUGGUAAAGAAUUUCGGCCUUUCCAUCUACUCCAACAGCAUCACCGUGCUGCUCGGGCACAAUGGGGCGGGCAAGACGACGACGAUGAACAUUAUUACCGGCAUGGUACCGCGCACGUCCGGCACGAUCGUUGUCGACGGUGAGCACGAUGCUAACCGGUACCGGCAUAAGAUUGGCUUUUGUCCCCAGCACGAUGUGUUUUUCUCGUACCUAAGUUGUUUGGAGCAUUUAGUGUUUUUCGGCUGCUUGAGAGGGCUCGGUAGGGUGGAAGCGGAAAAGGAGGCCAAGCUCGUGCUGGAAAAAGUACAUCUGCUUGAUAAAAGCGAUGCGCUUGUCCACACGCUGUCCGGUGGGAUGAAGCGACGGCUUAGCCUUGCGAUCGCCCUCGUCGGUGCCACGAAGCUGCUCAUCCUGGACGAGCCGACGUCCGGACUGGAUCCCGAAUCGCGUCGCGACAUUUGGGACAUUCUGCUGAACCUGCGCCAAAACCAUACGGUCCUGCUGACGACCCACUUUAUGGAGGAGGCGGACGUGCUGGGCGACUGGGUAGCGAUCAUGGAGGAGGGCGAACUGGUAGCGUUCGGGUCGCCCCUUUUCCUGAAGCAACAGUAUGGCAAAGGCUACACGCUGAAGCUACUAAAGGGCGCGACAUUCGACAAGCGGGAAACGUGGCAACGCAUACAGCAACUCAUACCGAACGCAACUGUGCGCGAUACGGUUCAGGAAAUAUUUGCUGCCACGCUGCCGUACGAUGAGAUUCGCAAGUACGCACCGCUGCUAAAGGAGCUGGAGGCGACCCAACAGGAACUUGGCAUCGAAACGAUCGAUAUGGCCAACGCAACGUUGGAGGAAGUGUUUCUGAAUUCCAGCAACCGCCGAAAAGAGCUCCAACAUCAUCCCGAGAGUGUCGACUUUGUGGACAGUCCGACGAGUCCCGCGGCAGAAAAUUUAAUAGAAAUCGAAGUAGCACUCCAUCCCUCCAAACUAACGUUCCCGGAGGCAAGGAAUACGUUCAUGGCAAUAUGGCGCAAAAAGUGGAUCCACAUUAAAUGCAACACGCACGUGUACGGUUGGCUGGCUGUGCUGCCUCCGCUAGUGACGGUACUUUGCUUCACGCUUACGUCCGGAAUUACUGACGCAGCGAAAGCGCUCCCAGCGGUAACGCUAACGGCGGACUCCAUCUAUCAGGCAUUCGGGGUGCUAGUAGUGAACCGCGGUGAUCGCGGCGACGAGUUUUGGGAUCGGGAAGCCAUCCAAUCGGACCUCGACCGACAUCCAGUGAAUGGCGUACGGAUGAUGCUGCUGGAAAACUACGCACUGGUGGAUGCGCUUCAGGAACUGAUCGAUAAAGACUACACCACGUAUCGCGACCGGCUGGUGGUUGGAAUCGAAUGUAACGUUACAGCCGACGGUGUCCAUGUGGCGGUACUGUACAACAACAAUCUCUUACACAGUGCCGGCAUUGCCGAAACGGUGACCACGACCGUGCUGCUGCGCUACUACGCAGGAGAAGCAGACGCGAUGGUCCACACGCGAAACAUUCCUUCGACGCGCAAGCAGCUAAUCGACAUUAAGACGCCUUACUAUUUCACGGAGCUGAUCGCGAUCGCGUUCUACUUCUACGUGCUGAUGUAUCUGCAAGUGCCGUUGCAAGAGCAUUUGAGCGGCUUCCGGCAGCUGCAAAACAUUAACCGAUAUCUUUACUGGGCCAGCACGUACGCAUUCGAUCUGACGAUACAUUUGGCCGAGUGUUUGGUAGUGCUCGCGCUGGUACUCCUGUUGGAUCGUACCGAUGCGUUCACUGAAUCGUCCGAGCGAGAGAUAUUCUGGACGUUGGUGGUGUACGGCGUGAUCGCCCUGCCGGUCAUCUAUAUCAUCAGCCAGUGUGUGGAUAACGCCAACACGGCAAUUACAAUCAUGAGCUAUCUAAUGAUUGUUGGAGUUGGAGGAGUCUUCUUGCUUUCUAACGGGUACGAUGAUAUAAAAAAUAACAGUGGCUGGAUUACGGUGUUGCAUGUCGUGCCCGAAUUCGGCCUGAAACACUCGCUCCGAGUGGUGUACGAAAAUCAAAAAUUGAUUUUAUACGAGCGCCUAUCCGCAGAGCAGAACAGGGCCCAUUCGGACGGCCACGCAUUUGCCAACCCGCGCAUCCGGCCAACGUUGUUUUACAUUAUAUCACCGGUACUUUUAACGCUACAGAUGCUUAUCCUGAACCAGGUGGUGGAAAACAUUUACACGCGCGAAAAGAUGAAGACGAGUAGCGAAGCCGCGAGCCAAAGUGUGCGCAAAGUGUAUCGGCAGGUUAGCAGAACGAUGUCGAGAGCGAAAGACCGAUCGCCUAGCUCGGGAAGGAGCAAGUCCACGGAUGGAUUUGACCAAACAGACCUCGCGACAGUGAACGCGGACGAUGUGACGCAGGAAACGGAGUUGGUCAGGAGCUUGGUGGACGGAGAAGGUUCGGUAACGGACGCCGGUAAGAAGUACGCUAUCGUGGUGCAAGAAUUGCAGAAAAUUUACACCAACUACGAGGCGGUGAAAUCGGUCAGCUUUGCCGUGAAGCAGGGCGAGUGCUUCGGACUGCUCGGCAUGAAUGGGGCCGGCAAGACGACCGUUUUCCAAAUGCUGUCGCGCAAUCUACCCUUGACGGGUGGGAAAAUUUAUCUCCAGCAAUGCGAAGUGCAGGCCGCGGACGCGCUUCAGUAUCGCAGGCAGUACGGCUACUGUCCGCAGUUCGAUGUGCUGCUCGAUUUUAUGACCGUGUACGAGGUGAUCGAUUACUUUGCACAAAUUAAAGGGAUAGAGGCACGGGACAAGCAUAUCAUGAGCUGGCUGGUAAAGUUGGACAUCGUGGAGUACCGGGAUCACGCGUUGCGUGAUUGUUCUGGUGGUACGAAACGUAAGGUCAACACGAUACUGGCAUUGCUCGGGGGCCCGUCGGUGGUUCUGCUGGACGAACCGACCACCGGUGUCGAUCCAAAGUCGCGCCGCUUCCUGUGGAAAACAAUCAAAACGAUACAGCGUAAACAUCAAACCAUCCUGCUCACCUCGCACAGCAUGGACGAAUGCGAAGAGCUGUGCAAUCGGUUGUCGAUCAUGGUUGGCGGGCGGCUCCGUUGCGUAGGAACCAUACCAGAGCUGAAGAAACGGCAUGGGCAUGGGUACAAUCUGUGGAUUAAGCUGAAUGUUUCCCUAGCGGACGGUGGCAAUAAUACCGAGCAGGAGAUUCGUCAGACGGUAACAGAGCGCUUCAAUGCAUCGCUGCAGGAAGGCCAUCAGGGAUUGUUGAAAUUCAUCGUAAGUCGUUCUCUCGCACUCUCCGAGCUGUUUGAGCAAGCCUUUGCGCUGAAAGAGGAAUUUGGGGAUUACAUCUCGUACUACUCGAUUACUGAAACAUCGUUGGAGGACAUUUUUCUUAAUUUUCGUCCCAAAAGUAGACAAACAUAACGAUGGUUUUAGUUGGUUCCAAUGUGAUACGCUUUGGUUAAGGCAGGGCACGUGCCGCGAGGAUGAUUUGCGCUUAGCAAGCAUCAUCGCGGUACGUGCCCUGCCAUUUCCGCUUCGAACCAAAGUGUCUGGAGGACCAGGUGGUGAUGGUUCUCAGAGUCAAGUUGGCAUGGACUUUAAUGAUGCCCAAAUGAUACGGUUAAAUAUGUUUGCAAUAAUUCGCAUGAUCGGUGCACUGUAAAUCGUGGACCAGUAAUUUUAAGAACCAUUCAUCCAUUUUGUAUGGGUUUGCUGGAUCCUUAUACACUCUGGGAAGAACGGAAAUCCAAAAGUAUUACAAAACCAAAGAUCAUCAUUCUCAUCAUCCCUUUGCGAGGCAUUCCUUCAUUGCAGCUUUACGAUAAAAUGCGAGCAAUGGAAAAUAAAACGAACAUAAUUCAUUUUCAAA